AAAUUUGACGGAUUUAUUUUUACCGGUUCCGUUACGUUUUUCCAAUCAAACUUCCGUAAACAAACGUUGACGUAUUGACAUCUGUCAAUAUGAAAACGUCAAAAAAUAAACUCCUCCCACAAGACGUUUGAAUAUUUGGUCUUUGAUUUUAUUCAUAUACUUCUUUGACUAUAUUUGGAGCAAUUUGUAAAAUUUUAUAAAUUAUAAAACAAUGAGGAUAAUUAUAUCAAUUGUGUGUUUUUGUGUACUAGGGGUUUUCGGACAACAGGGUAUGCCCCAACCCGGGAUACAAUUUCAACCCGGACAGUUUCAACCAGGAGGGACGGGCAUUCAGCCUGGAUUUCAAGGUCCUGGAUUUGGCACACCUGGUAGUGUGCAGACCCCGCCACAACCCGGUGUGGGUACCAGCGGGUUUGGACCUCCGUUUGGAGGACCUUUCCCUGGCAGGCCAACAUUCGGACCAGGAGGCGGAUCAAUGUUUGGGCCUCUUGGACCACUGCGACCACUAUCACCACCAAUGUCCCCGAUGGCAAUGAUGAUGGCUAGUCUAGCACAGAAUCCCAACAAUUACAGAUAUGCCACGUGUAACUUUAACGACACGUGGUCACAGGUCAGAGGUCGAAUGGAUCUGAGACAAUUUUUGAUAGGUGAAGGUAGACAGCAGGUUCAGAUCCGUAUACAAGUAUCAGGUUUACCCCAGUCAGUGAGUGAAGCUGACCGAGGUAUACAUAUCCAUGAAUUCGGAGAUACCGGAGACGGGUGUGCCAGGGUAGGACCUCACUUCAAUCCAAACCAAACUCCCCAUGGAUCACAGAGAAACUUUGCAUUUUUGAGACAUGUUGGUGACCUGGGUAAUAUACGACAAUCUACAGCUGGUCUUGUAUCCACACAGUUUGUUGAUCAGGUCAUCUCUCUAGAGGGGUCAAACAAUGUUGUCGGCAGGGCUUUUGUUAUAAAGUUGGAGCGAGAUGAUCUAGGUCUGGGCGGUUCUCGGGAAAGUCGGGUAAAUGGAAACACCCAUAAUCCUAUAGCUUGUUGUACUAUUGGUCGAACCACUGCUAGAAACUGGUAUAAUCCAAUGUCUGCAGCUGCUCUACAAGACAUGGCUGCAACUGGAAUAAUGCCGUACAAUUCCAUUGAUCCUUUCAAUACAAAUACAUUCGUCAAUACAGGAAUAAACAACGGGGGUAUGCCAAAUACCGGACCUGGUAUAAACACCGGGUUUCCUACAUCAGGCAUGAAUCCCGGAUUUCCAGGUUCUGGAAUGAAUCCUGCAUUUCCACAAACAGGAUCGCCACAAAUGGGGUUCGGAGGCCCAGGUGGAAUGUCUCCUCCUGGAUUUAGACCACAGCCUGGAUUCGGUCCACAGACUGGUUUUAGAACACCAGGGGGGACUCAGUCUGGGUUUGGAACUGGUGGAUUGACCCAAGGAGGAAUGAACACUCAACCUGGUCAGGGUGGAUUAUUUCAGGGUGGACUAACUCAGGGCGGGAUUACCCAGGGCGGUUUAACUCAGGGAGGUCUGACACAGGGUGGACUUUCCCAAGGUGGUUUAACUCAGGGAGGCCUGACUCAGGGUGGACUUACCCAGGGUGGUCUGACACAAGGCGGAUUAACACAAUCAGGUUUUGGCGGUUCAGGACCCAGUUCUCAGACAUUUGGAACCGGAACCUUUGUACCAGGCGCGGCACCUGGUCAAGUCUUUAAUUUUGCAGCUCAAGGAAAGAAAAAGUAACAUGAAUAGAGUUUAGUAAACAUAUAUUAACAGGAAAAAAUGUCAUUCUGUAAAUUGUUCAGUUCAUCAUGCCCUCUUAUGAAUUUGAAGAGACUCUAAUUUCUGAUAUACUUACAUAUAACAUUUAUCUAUCAGAAAAAAAACUACAAUUAAAAAAUGUAUAUUUAUAUUGAUUGUCUGUAAAAUGAGAUACAGUCAUUAAACAAUGUUUUGAUGUUUCAUUGUGAUUUACAGAUCCAAACACACACGAGAGUUUUAAAAAGUAUUGUGACAUACAAAUGAAGUUUUAGUAUUUUUUUUUUUUAAAUAUUUUGUUUUAGUUUAUCAAUCCAUUUUUAUAGUCAUGCUGUAAAUAUAUAUAAUAUGAUUGUUGUUGCCAUAAUAAAUACCUACCAAACUAUCUAACGU